UAGAACCCUAAACUAAUAAAUCCCAAAGCGGCAGCGCCGUCUUUCCUCCCUCUUCCCCCUUGCACGAUUAAACACCACCGCCACCUCUCAGUUCCCAUCAUCGCUACCUCCUCCCUCGACCAGUAGCAAGCGAACUCCCCAACGGAAACGACAGCCGGCAGAGACGCAAGUCGGGAGCGACGCUGACGCCAAACACGCACCCGUUUCCGCCGUACGUGGUGUCCUCUGUUCGGCGGGCACAGUAGCUCUGGAUCUUCCUCACUCGUCCAUAAGUAAGGAUCGUAUAACCCUCCCAGUCCCGAGAUCAGUCAAUCGCUAAACUAAUCCAUCCCGUGUUCAUGAACUGAAGUUUUGCCAGUGGGAUUGGGGGACUCGAACGACGAUCGACGAUGGAGAAACGACGUCUGGGAAAUCCUCAAAUUGUGCUCUAAGCCCGUGAUUGAGGUAAGGGAUUUAACCUCGUCCAUUUACUUGUGGAAUUAGUUGAUGUUGGAGAUUGUGGGAGCUGGUAGUGGGUCACUAAUUAAGGAAAUGAGUUCCGGAUCCUUACAUAUUAUAUAUGGACGAAUGGAACUGUAUGGUGAUGAAUUAGCUCGGUUACAUGUUAAAAACAAAAGCUCUUUACAAUUUAGUCACUAAAUUUAGUUACGUGGAUGGAUGGAAUGCAUGGUAGGUUAAUUAUUAUAAGGGGUUCAAUUGUUGAAAUGAAAGAUGGAUUCUUAAUCUAAGGCAAGUAUGCGGGUGUAUAAUCAAGUGAGCUGUGCGUGCUCUAUCUCUAGGGAAAAGUAAAGGAACAAGGAAAAUGGUGUAUGGACACGUACAAGGCUUAUAAGGACGUUGUGGAUCAUCGGGGCAUGAUAUAAGUUGAUAAUCAACUUUAAAUUAAGGUGCGUUGGUUAAAGGGUCUAGUUAGUAUUUUAUCCUCGAUUAUUUAUUACGUGCUGAAUUGUGUCUUUUUCUUGAAUUAAUUGAGUGCUAGUUCUGAUAUGUUUAAGUUCUGCAUUUAUGAUUUGAUGAUUAUGUGCAUUCUUAAGUUCAUGUGUACGCAUAGCAUCAAUUUCUCUACGGAGAAAUCAUAUUAAUAUGGAAAUUAUGAGUUUAGAUCUCCUUCUGCUGGAGGAGAUCAUCCUUGACAAGCUUUGGUUGUAAAGCAAGUAAGCAAGUAUAUGUUGAAUACGUCUCCCCAUGGUGUGAGAGAUUGAUUCGACCGAGCAAGGAUAAAUCACCCAAAUAAUAAGUAAGAACAGGCAAUAACACGUUUAACCCUCACAUAGCUAGAUACGCAUGCGGUACAGGAUCCCCAUUGUGUGGGUGUUUUCGCCUCAGAUAGGCGCAGGAUCCCCAUUGUGUGGGUGUUUUGCCUCAGAUAGGCGCAGGAUCCCCAUUGUGUGGGUGUUUUGCCUCAAAUAGGCACAGUUUACACGUUCAUGCUCCCCAUUGUGAGGGUAGUAAUAUAGAGAUAAGUUAUGACAAGUUUACCUUACGGUUGUGCUAGCUAAGUGGAGGGCGGGGGUCCAUUGUAAGAUAAGAUAUGUAAGUAGUAAUAUCAACUUCGUUACGAAUAAACUGUGCAUUUUAAUUAGUUAUAAGAGCAUCACAUGUGCAUGGUUCUAUUUGUAUUUGAGGGAUGAAAAUAGGACUAGGACUGACCCCACGCCCGCACUAAAGAGCUGCAAGGAAGCGGAAGCAACUGGACCACUUGUUAGAAGGAAGUUGCUGCUCGAGAUGUCACCUUCACAAGGGUUAGUGAUUGUCGAAGAUUCCAAGCAAACUUAUGUACUUUUAUUGGUAGACUUGAGGCUGAUGCUCAUUUAUGAUUUGGUUAAAAAGGAUUUUCCUACGGUGGUUUGAAAUGAUUUCCAUUAUUCUUUUCAUUUGGAGUUAUUUUGACUACUCAAGGGCAUUUUGGUAAAAGUAGUGCUUGGCUGAGCUAGAGUGUUACAUUUUAGUAUCAGAGUCGGUUUCCCUCUGUUUUCACUUUGUAAGUGAGAUACUGGGAAGUCAGUCUCCAUGUUUCCUACAAGUAUUAAAGGCUUUUAGAAGUUUCAACCAAGUUUUCAAGAAAACCUAAAAUCAUUUUAGAGCACCCAGUCUCGUCUACUAACAAGUGAAAUGUUUUCAAGGUCCUGACAUAAAGUCGUUUCCUUAUAUAGGAGCAUGGAUACCGGAAACUCUCAACAAGCUUGUGAUCGACGCCCACCUCCGAAUUACGCUGCACUCAGGAAGAUGGGUGUGAAAGACUUUGAGGGAUCUACUGACCCUGAUGUGGUUGACGGAUGGUUUUUGAAGCUCACUCGCACCUUGGACGAGCUGAGCAUCGAUAAUCAUGAAGACAGGAUCGCCAUGGCUGUCCACGUGCUUCAAGGAACUGCUAGAGAUUGGUGGCACCUCCAACCGGAGAGUGAAGUAGUACCUCUGGAGAUCACCUGGAAUCAGUUUAUGAAGACGUUUCUCGAUGACUACAUUCCCCAAAUAGUCCGAGAUGAUAAGAGAGAAGACUUUAUGAAGUCGAAGCAGCAGUGGGGGCAGAGUGUGACGGAAUACACAGAGCUAUUCAAGAAGUUGUGCAAAUAUGUUGAUCCCGUGUACCGGCCUGCAGCAGGGAUGAGAGAUCGCUAUGUCCGAGGUUUGAGGCCGGAUCUGAGGAAAUGUAUGGGAGAAGCGGAGAGGUCAUCUCAAGGAACAGCAUAACGAGUUGCCCUUCGCAUUGAAAGGGAUGAGGAAAUGGCCCAACAGGGAAGGGCUACCUGGCUAGAGACGAAGAAGAGGAAAGGAUCCACCUACAAUGAGGACCAGACGCAUUCGAUCCAUCCAAUUAAGAGGGGAUCUGGUUCCUCCACUCAGCAACAGUCACAGAGCUAGGCGAGCUCUGCUCAGGGUACAAAGAUACAUUACCAGUACCCUCUCUGCGAUACAUGUGGUAAACAUCAUUUGGGCGUGUGUAGGUACGCUAAGAGUGUCUAUUUUGAGUGUGGUGAACCAGGCCACAUGAAGUUGAGUUGUCCAUGACUUGCGGAGCAUACGAGGGUUAUUUCUGACCCAUCAGUUGCGGGAGGUAGAGCACAUUCUGGAAGUAGAUUUACUGGCAGGACUAACAACUUCGACGACAACAACAAUGGUGGAUGUUUCAAUAGCAUUAACACCCACCAUACUAGUCGAGAUCAAAGCCAAAUGAUAUGAUCCGAAAUUGCCAACCAUUCACGUCACAAUUAUUUGACAAAGAAGCUAUCGAAGUUGGAAAGAAGAAUGGCAGAAUUUGGCUAAGUCAAAAUCCAUGUUCAGGGUACAUACUUGGGAGGCAUGGUUCUCUCAAUUGGCUUAUUGUAAAUUCAAGGUUAAGGGUUUGUUUUGUAGAUAAAGUUUUCAUGUUUCCAAUGAUAUGCUUUGUGGAGCUAGAUGAUGUCAUUAAGGUUGUUUUCCAAGGCCUCCAAGUUGCUACCUCAAAACUGGAAAACUGCCAGAAAAUGGCUAAGGCAGAAAACUGUUUUGUGAAGCCAACUGUGGAGCUCAAUUCAAGGAGCAUGGAUGGUAUUCAAGUCAAAAAGCUUCCGCAACGUGAAACUAGGUAUGUUUUUGAACAAAGGGAAGGAAUUGGAUGAAGAAUUGGAGUUCGGGAAGGCCUCUAACAAAAGGCGCGAAGUUAGUACAAAAGCUGCUUUUUGACUGUUUUGCGGGCAGCUUACUUGUGCUUCAAGAAAGGGAUUUUAAACCC